GCGAAGGAGAAAGGCAACGAGGGAGCUUUGUUCCUGGGGAGGAAAGGAAGCCAGGUCCCUGCCUGCGCCAGAGCCAUGUGUGGAAUCUUUGCUUAUAUGAACUACAGAGUGCCUAGGACCAGGAAGGAGAUAUUUGAAACUCUAAUAAAGGGACUACAAAGAUUAGAAUACAGGGGAUAUGACUCUGCAGGUGUUGCAAUUGAUGGAAAUAAUAAUGAAGACAAGGAAAGGAUCAUCAGAUUAGUAAAGAAGAGAGGAAAAGUAAAGGCUCUUGAUGAAGAGUUGCACAAACAAGAGGGUUUGGACCUCAAGGCAGAUUUUGAGACACAUUUUGGCAUUGCUCACACUCGCUGGGCAACUCAUGGAGCACCAAAUGCCGUGAAUAGCCACCCGCAACGGUCAGAUAAAAGUAAUGAGUUUGUUGUUAUCCAUAAUGGGAUUAUUACAAAUUACAAAGACCUAAGGAAGUUUUUGGAGACCAAAGGGUAUGAAUUUGAAUCUGAAACCGAUACUGAAACCAUACCAAAGUUAAUCAAAUAUGUGUAUGAUAACAGAGAGACUGAAGAUAUUAGUUUUUCUACCUUGGUUGAAAGAGUCAUUCAGCAACUGGAAGGGGCUUUUGCUCUUGUUUUCAAAAGUAUCCAUUACCCUGGGGAAGCUGUUGCUACCAGGAGAGGGAGUCCUCUGCUUAUUGGAGUUCGCAGUGAAUCUAAGCUUUCCACUGAAGAAAUUCCAAUUUUAUAUAGAACGUGUAAUAUUGAAAAUGUAAAGAUCAUAUGCAAAACACGAAUGAAACGACUGGAUAGUUCUACCUGCCUUCAUGCAGUUGGAGAUAAAGCGGUUGAAUUUUUCUUUGCUUCAGAUGCAAGUGCCAUAAUUGAGCAUACCAACAGAGUAAUUUUUCUAGAAGAUGAUGAUAUUGCAGCAGUUGCUGAAGGGAAACUUUCUAUUCACCGGUUAGAACGUUCAGCCAGUGAUGACCCAUCUCGAGCCAUACAGACUUUGCAAAUGGAACUUCAGCAAAUUAUGAAAGGGAACUUCAGUGCUUUCAUGCAGAAGGAGAUAUUUGAACAACCAGAAUCUGUUUUUAAUACUAUGAGAGGAAGAGUAAACUUUGAGACCAACACAGUUCUUUUAGGUGGCUUAAAGGAUCACUUGAAAGAAAUCAGAAGAUGCAGACGACUGAUCAUUAUUGGUUGUGGAACUAGUUAUCAUGCUGCAGUAGCUACCCGCCAAGUGUUGGAAGAACUGACUGAACUACCUGUGAUGGUGGAACUUGCCAGUGAUUUUCUGGAUCGGAAUACUCCUGUAUUUCGAGAUGAUGUGUGUUUUUUUAUCAGCCAGUCAGGGGAAACUGCUGAUACACUGAUGUCUUUACGAUACUGCAAGGAACGCCGAGCUUUGACAGUUGGAAUUACAAAUAGUGUUGGAAGCUCAAUAUCCAGAGACACAGACUGUGGGGUACAUAUCAAUGCAGGACCUGAGAUAGGAGUGGCAAGCACAAAGGCUUACACCAGCCAGUUCAUCUCUCUUGUAAUGUUUGGUCUGAUGAUGUCUGAAGACAGAAUUUCCCUGCAAAACAGGAGACAAGAGAUCAUAAAUGGGCUAAAGUCAUUACCUGAGAUGAUCAAAGAAGUGCUGUCCUUGGAUGAGAAGAUACAUGAUCUGGCACUUGAACUGUAUAAGCAGAGAUCACUCUUGGUUAUGGGCCGUGGUUACAACUAUGCUACUUGCUUGGAAGGGGCAUUGAAAAUCAAGGAAAUUACCUAUAUGCAUUCAGAAGGCAUCCUGGCUGGGGAGUUGAAACAUGGGCCAUUGGCUCUGAUAGAUAAGCAAAUGCCAGUGAUAAUGAUUAUUAUGAAAGAUCCCUGCUUCACAAAGUGCCAGAAUGCUCUACAGCAGGUCACUGCACGUCAGGGUCGGCCUGUUAUCUUAUGUUCCAGAGAAGAUACUGAGAGCUCCAAGUUUGCCUACAAAACUAUUGAACUUCCACAGACUGUGGACUGUCUGCAAGGAGUUUUGAGUGUUAUUCCUCUACAGCUGCUGUCAUUCCACCUGGCUGUUCUCAGAGGAUAUGAUGUGGAUUUCCCAAGAAAUCUGGCCAAAUCUGUGACUGUGGAAUAAGUAUUUUGUCAUAGAAUAUGUUACAAAUAUUUUAAAUUAUAUUUCUGUCAUAAACUCUUCUAACAAAGUGUUUUGAUGACACUGACCCUACAAAGCACACGACUACAAAGCACAAAUAUAUUUUUGUGGGAUUUUGAUGGCGGAAGUGUAAAAUCAGAAGAAUGGGUAUAUUGCUAACUGGAAAGUGUGUUAUUUUAAUUAAAAAAAACUGCUUACUGUGCCUUUAAGUAUUUGUUGCAUGCCUUUCACCUAAGUGCUCUUGCUUAUAGCAUUUCUGGAAUAAAAACAUUGCCAAAGAAUAGAAGAAACUCUUUGUUUACAUAUGGUUAAUGAAUGAUAUUUUCCACAACUGUGCAAUAUGUUUGUAUAUAGCUUUUUCCUGUAUUACUGUGAAUAAAUCAACACUAUACAUGCAGCCUGAUUUUAUAUAUGUACAUGUAGGAUAUGCUCCGAGGUACAUGUGCAUAGGACUGCUGCCUUACUUUUAAAUACAAAGUAUUUAUAUAUACACAAAUGUAUAGCAUUUAAGUUAUUUUAACUAUAUUGGUUGCUUGUAGUAGUGAUAAUGCUCAUGAUUUAGAUCUGGGCUUAUUAAGAUUUUGCUAAUUAUGUACAAAUUCUUUUGUUUGCAUUUUUAUUUUUAAGUAGAAUUCUGUUUCAAGUUAUUUUCCACCCUUCUUCCCUAGUGUUAUGUGCCUUGCAUCUUUCCACAGGUUCUUCCAGCCAUAUUGCUAAAAAUAUACCUUUCAGUGCUCUUGCACUCUUAAAGUUUCUCAAACACCAUUCAGACUUAGUUCUGUGUUUUAGGUUUUGUUUUUUUUUUUUGUAGUUCUCUUUAACCCAAAUACUGCUUUACUUGAGCCAAACUGUCUUCAUCUUCUCAAACAGUAUUAUGUAAUCUUGUGAAGCCUUUAAAUAUUUGUAAGGCUAUUGGGUAUUAUGUGAGCUCCGUUCUGUUCUGUUGGUUCUGUUUGAACAACCCAAAUGCUAUGCAAUUAAAGAAAAUAUUGACU